ACACCUGGAUCAGGGGGAAUCCCCGGAGGUUCAGGUUCAUGAGGAAAGGCUGCCUCUGAUUGGUCAGUUCAGUGGGUCCAUGACACUUUCCCACCAACAGACACACCCAUCAUGAUUUUAAAUGAAAACCCAAACUCAGGCUGGAUGAUGACCGCCAUGUCAGAACCACGGCAACCCAAAUGCUCCCGGUGCCGGCACCACGGCAUCAUCACACGGAAGAAGGGUCACAGUGGGUGCUGCCCGUUCUCCGGAUGUCGGUGCUGGAAGUGCGGCCUCCUCACCCAGCGGGCCCAGGUCAAAGCACUCCACAGAAACCUGAGCAGAACCCGAGAGCACGUGGAGAACCCGGAUCAGCGACCCGGACCCAGAACGACGGGAGAACCCGCUGCUUCUGCAGGGCCCCGGGACCCGGAGAGUUUGGACCUCGAUGUCUGGAGCCACCGGCGUGACCCGAAAGGAGAGCCAGAGUCCGGCUCUCACAGCAGAGAUGCUCCGGACGCUUUGGUCCAUGUUGGGGAUUCAGGCCAGCCGGCUCCUCUGCCGCAACUCCUCUCUCCGAUCAUGACCUGCUCCUCCAGCAGCUUUCCUUCAUCUUCAGACCUCCUGCUCCACCUGCCAUAUUUGCCUCCAGUUCCUGCUGGCCUUUAUGAUGGCCUCUGCAGACCCCUGAUGAUCCCCCACAUCCUGCAGGGUGUCAUGUCCUACCCUCCACCAGCAGAGGUCAGACCUCAGGGGUCCUACACAGUCUGGAAAAACCUUCAAAAGGACUGUAGGCUGGUCUUCUUCCCCCUCCAUCCUCCUCCUCCUCCGCCGGAGGGUUCUCCAGAAGCACCUCCUGCAGCCUCUGCCCAUAAGUACAGAGCCUGAUGGGGCAAAGAGGGAUUUCUGUCAUGUUUUAUCUCCUGGUUGAUGUUUCUACAACUGUUUGUGUGAAUUUGUUCCAUGUUGUUGUAGAGGUUUAGCUCAGAGUUAACAGUUAGCUGUUUAAACUAGAUAAAAGAGACCAAGAGGGAGAUGUUAAACUACAAGUUUGUUACCUGAAAUAAAAUUCAUUUUUAACAA